AGUUAUGUCUUGAAUAUGGCUGAUCAGGGGCCGUUUUUGACCUCGUGUAUUAUUUUCUUCUUAUCAAUCGGGGCCGCAAUCUUCCAGAUUCUUGAGGAGCCAAACUGGAAUUCAGCGAAAGACAAAUAUAUCGAACAGAAGAAAAACAUCCUGAAGAACUAUACCUGCUUAACAAAAGAAGAUCUGGAUGAGAUUUUGGAGAUAGUGUCAGAGGCUGCGGGUCAAGGAGUCACCAUCACCGGGGAGAUUCAUCGCAACACGUGGGACUGGACAAACUCUGUCAUCUUUGCUGCCUCCAUCGUCACCACAAUAGGUUAUGGUAAUGUUGCCCCAAAAACAAAAGGAGGUCGUGUGUUCUGCAUCCUGUAUGGUCUGUGCGGGAUCCCACUGUGUCUGGUGUGGAUCAGUAAACUGGGUUCGUUCUUCGGAGAUCGAGCUAAACGUCUGUCCCAAGUUCUGAUACAUAAAGGCGUUUCAGUGAAAAAGGUUCAGUUUACCUGCACAGCUUUAUUCCUUUUAUGGGGACUGUUGGUGCACCUGGUGAUUCCUCCAUUUGUUUUCAUGGCUGUGGAAGGUUGGAGCUACUUGGAAGGCAUUUACUUCUCAUUCAUCACUCUCACAACGGUCGGCUUUGGAGAUUAUGUGGCAGGUGUAAAUCCGAAUAUACAAUACCCACGCCUGUACAGAGUGUUUGCGGAGUUAUGGAUCUACAUGGGUCUGGCAUGGCUGUCUCUGUUCUUUAGCUGGAACGUCCACAUGGUGGUGGAAGCUCACAAAGUGCUAAGGAAAAGAAGACACAAGCACAAACGAGGUGACGAGGACGAGGAACCCCAGCCUGAAGAGGAGGAGCAACACGUGCAAGUAAAACGGAAUGUCAUUGACAUCUUCAACUUCCUGUCUGAGAAGGACGAUGACGACUACAGCACCGUCAUCAAAGAGAUUGGGAUGGAAGCAAAGAGGGAAAAGCCACCAGAUAACAUAAAUCGCUCAAAGAGCUGCAGUGACAUCUUGGCCACCAACAUCCGGACGCUGGAUCGCUCGCCGGGGCACAAACGUAUGAUCAGCAUCAGCGAGGUGUUCAUGAAUGCAAAGACUGAUGGGGACAAGGGUGAAAAAGAGGAGACGAACCUUCUAUUACAGGAACAGACCAGAGAACCCGAAAAUGCAGCAUGUGGGAGGACGGAAGAUGAAAAGAACAAGGACAGUUGCGUAUUUGAUUUUGACACGGAAGGUAUCGUCUUCACUGCACCUGCCGCAGAGGCUACAAAAGAGGAACAGCAUCCUGACAGCAGAGGAAGCAGGUUUAAAAUAUCCAAGGUAGUAGAAGAAGAUUUGUUAUUGGACAAAGAUGAAAAAGGGUAAAAG